GUCGCGAGCAGCACGUAGUCAGAUUUAACUCUCAAGCUCUGAAGAAACGUUUUAGUUUUGUUGGAUUUUCUUGUUUUCAUUUUGUGGACAAUUAACCGGUGUCCUAGUUGAGAAUGGAUGAUAUCCAAGUAGUUGAGUCUAAGCCUCUCAUCGCAGACAGGGAUUUGCAAGGGCUAAAAGAGGCUGUCCAGCAGUUGGUGAUUAAGGAACAUGAUGUGGAGACUCCAUAUGGCAGAGUCCACUGUACCAUGAAAGGGGUUCCUAAGGGUGACCGGCCCGUCAUCCUCACCUACCACGAUAUUGGAUUGAACCAUAAAAGCUGCUUUGACACCUUGUUCAGCCAUGAGGAUAUGCAAGAGAUCAUGCAGCACUUUGCUGUGUGUCAUGUAGAUGCACCAGGGCAGCAAGAGGGAGCAAACACCUUCUCCACUGGAUAUGAGUACCCUUCCAUGGACCAACUGUCUGAGACUCUUCCAUCAAUCCUUAAACAUUUUGGGUGAGUUGAUUGCUUAAUUAUUUAAGUUUUAGGUAGAUUU